UUUCCAUCACACUGGUGCGAAGAAGAAGAGUGUGAGGCAAGUCAUCACCACAAGUUGCCCAGGGGCAGGAGACGCUUUCAUCAAGUUUCACGCAUCCUUUUCUUCCGGAUAUUAAACUAAUUUAAUCUAACGGUCCGGGGUCUGGGGCACUGUUAAACAUGGCUGCUCUUUCAGCCUGGUUCUGGAACGAGAGGUUUUGGCUCCCACACAACGUAACCUGGGCGGAUCUGGCAGACCCAGCUCCCGGGGUGGAGUACCCCAAAGCUGGACACUUGUUCACUGCCUUGCCGCUGGCUUUGGGAAUUUUCGCCGUCAGGAUACUCUUCGAAAGGUUUAUUGCCAGUACCUGUGCCCGGAGUCUUCACAUCCAGCCAGGUGUUGGACGAAGAGCUCAGCCCAAUGCAGUGCUGGAGAAGGUGUUUACAUCCAUCACCAAGAAUCCAGACUCUCGCCAUCUGGAUGGCCUAUCCAAGCAGCUGGACUGGGAGGUGCGAAAGGUCCAGCGUUGGUUCAGACACCGCAGGAACCAAGAUAAACCCAGUACACACACUAAAUUCUGUGAGAGCAUGUGGAGGUUUACAUUUUAUUUGUGCAUUUUUACCUAUGGGUUCCGGUUUCUGUGGCAGUAUCCUUGGAUGUGGGAUACACGGCAUUGCUGGUAUGGUUAUCCCUAUCAGGUCAUGACUCCGGGUCUUUACCGCUACUAUGUGACAGAACUGGCCUUCUACUGGUCACUCAUGUUCUCCCAAUUCACUGACAUUAAAAGGAAGGACUUCAAGAUCAUGUUCAUCCAUCACCUGGCGACAGUUGGCCUGAUCAGCUUUUCUUACGUCAACAACAUGACGCGAGUAGGGAGCCUCGUAAUGUGUGUACACGAUGCCUCUGACUUCCUGCUAGAGGCAGCCAAGCUGGCCAACUAUGCCAAGUACCAGCGCUUGUGUGAUUCCCUCUUCAUUAUGUUUAGUGUGGCAUUCUUCAUCACACGACUAGUUAUAUAUCCAGUAUGGGUCCUGAACUCCACUAUGUUUGAGAGCUGGGCCAUAGUCGGGCCAUACCCAUCCUGGUGGCUCUUCAACUUCUUGCUGCUGGUCCUUCAAGUGUUGCAUAUCAUCUGGUUCUACCUCAUAGCCCGUAUAGCUGUCAAAGCCAUGCUGCGGGGCAAGGUAUGCAACGAUGUCCGCAGUGACAUUGAGAGCAGCUCAGGGGAAGAGUCCAACACGCCCAUAGAAGGCCCCAAGGCUUCUUUUCAUACUCCCAAGGGAGAAAACGGCACUAACGGCCACUGUGCUGCUGCUAAAGCCCGAGGGCAGAACCACAGCAGCGGGUGACGUGAGGCUGGGAGCCCCCUGCAGUUCGUCCCUCACAUCUCCAGAAGCUUUUUCUUUUGACAUUCCCUUGACGUGCAAGGCUCUCUCACACAUACUCUCUCACACACACACACACACACACACACACACACACACACACACACACACACACACACACACACACACACACACACACACACACACACACACACACACACACACACACACACACACACCUGCUUUGGAGAGCCCUGUACUGACAUGUAUGACACAACUCAAGAGGUGACAUGGAAACACGGAAAUAAUAUGAAAAUCUGUUGCAUAGCCUUAUUUUUCAAAUGAUGGGAGUGCUGAUGGGGAGUUUGGCUGCAGAUGUUGAUUAGUUUUAAAUGUUCUCUCCCAGUUUUAUUGGUCAGAUGAACUUGAUUAUUUUUGUCUUCUGGGUUAAUUCACACUGGAUCACAAAAGGCAGAAAAUACUACUCUGGAAGUGUGUUGCAUUUCUGAUCUGAGGUUACAGCAGGUAUUAUACAUAUAAAUAACUAUUGUUAUAGCUGUGGUUUUAUCAGCUCUUAAAAGAAGGGCACCUGCUGAGUGUGUGAAAAAAAGUACACUCUUGAAAGUUAAGAGCAGCAGUUUCUGCCUUCUGCGAUCUAUUGUCGAUUUCUCCUUUUAAAAACAUUGUUUGGCAAAUUUGUGACUUAUUGUUUUACUGUUUUUUUUUUACUAAGUCCUAUGAGACCAAAUGUUUAUGAAAUUGUUUGUCACUGCCUAUGGGAGAUUCCAGACAUGAGGACUAUACUAAAUGUCUGGUAUCACAUUCUCACGUGAGGGCUUUGUAAAAUAGAUAUUUACAAAUAUACUCAGUUGUGAAAGAUGUC